UUUAUUUUACAACCCUCUAAGCAGCGUGGUUUGCCGAUAAGAGGUAUAAGUAGUUGGGCGGCACGCCUCGAGGUUCAGUUUGCGUCAACAACUUGCACCAAAGCGACACAAUGGCCAAAGGACCGGCCUACCUCACCUGCCUCGCCGCGCUGCUCGGCCUCUCCUGCGUGGCACAUGGCUACGAGAUCAAAGCAGUGACCAAGCCCGUAAUCAUGUCGGAGAGUCCCUACUGGGACGACAUCACUAACACCGUCAUCUUCGUCGACGUCAUAGGCAAGCUCGUUCUGCGGUACGAUCCAGCUCAUCCGGGCGACCUCAAGAACAUCAGCUUCAGCAACCAGCCCGGAAAAGUGACCCCCGCCGUACCCGUCAGAGGGUCUGACGACAUCCUGGUGGGCGUGGGUCGCUGCGUCUUCCUCGUCGACGUGGACUGGGGCGCCCCGGGGAAGGCUGCUGUCGUCAGGAGCGUCCGAAACCUGAAGGAGGUCGAGCCUGACCUCCCGGGCAACCGCUUCAACGACGGCAAGGCGGACAGUCGGGGCAGGUUGUGGAUAGGCACCAUGGACGACAGCCAGACCUCGCGCCGGCGGCGGCGCGGCGUCAACAAGGGCGAGCUGUUCCGGUUCGAUCUGAAGCGCGACAUCGAGGGCCGGAGCGCGAGCUCACACGUGGACACCAAGACGGUCGUGGAGGAGGGGCUGCAGAUCCCCAACGGCAUGGCGUGGACGCCUGACGACAAGACCUAUUACCUGGCCGACUCCGCCACCAAGGCCGUUUACAGCUUCGACUUCGACGCCGACCAGGGCGUCGUGUCCAACAAGAAAACGGCGUUCAGCUUCGCCGCCCACGACGUCCCCGGGGCGCCCGACGGCAUGACCCUGGACAAGGACGGCAACCUGUGGAUAGCGUGCGUCCAUGGCGGCCGAGUGAUUAAGGUAGACCCGAGGUCCGGCGCGCUCCUCCAGACGAUCGUCAUGAACGUGACGAACCCGUCGGCUGCCGAGUGGGGUGGCCGGGACCGGGACGUUCUUUACGUGACCAGCGCGCGCUACAAGAUGGACGCGCGCCAGCUGGAGCGCGAGCCCCUGGCCGGCAGCAUGUUUGCCAUCACCGGCCUGGGCACGAAGGGCCUCACCAAUGUGCCCUACGCCGUCAACGCGGUCGGUGCUGCGAGCACCAACAAUAGAGCCGGCUCCAAUUCAUGUAAGCUCCAGCCUGUGUUUUUCUGGGUCAUGGCAGUCCAGUUUGCCAUAGCAUCGAUCUUCUCUUCAUAGUAUUCAAGCCUGAAGAAAACACUUUUUUUACGAUUUUGUACCUAGAACUAGAACCUAAUUGAUUUUAUACUCAUUUUUUAUAUUAAAGAACCGAAAAUAUG